GCCGAGCCGCCUCUCUCCAGCUCCAGCCUCCAGCAUGAGCACCACUGUCAGGCAAUACUCGUCCUCCACCUCCCUGAAGGGAUUCGGGAGCCUGGGGGGAGGCUCCAGCAGGCUCUCCUCCGUGCGAGCCGGGGGAGGAGGGUACCGGGCCCCCAGCGUGCACGGGGGCUCUGGCAGCUACUCCGUCUCUUCCCGCGUGGUCUCGGGGCUCGGCAGUGGCUUUGGGGGCAGCUACUGCAGCAGCGCAGGAGGGGCCCUCGGCGGGGGCUUUGGGGGCAGCUAUGGGGCCGGCUUUGGGGCCGGCUUCGGGGCCGGCUUUGGAGGCGGUGACGGCAUCCUGCCGGCGGGGGAGAAGGAGACCAUGCAGAACCUCAACGACCGCCUGGCCGCCUACCUGGACAAGGUGCGGGCCCUGGAGGAGGCCAACACCGACCUGGAGGUGAAGAUCAGGGAGUGGUACAAGAAGCAGGGCCCUGGUCCUGACCGUGACUACAGCCCCUACUACAGGACUAUCGAGGAGCUCAGGAACCAGGUGUUGGUGGUCACAGUGGAAAAUUCCAACCUCCUGCUGCAGAUUGACAAUGCCAGGCUGACAGCAGAUGACUUCAGGACUAAGUUUGAGUCGGAGCAGGCUCUGCGCAUGAGCGUGGAGGCCGACAUCAACGGCCUGCGCCGGGUCCUGGACGAGCUGACCCUGUCCAGAGCCGACCUGGAGAUGCAGAUUGAGAACCUGAAGGAGGAGCUGGCUUAUCUGAAGAAGAACCACGAGGAGGAAAUGACUGCCCUGCGCGGGCAGGUGGGUGGGGAGAUCAGCGUGGAGAUGGACGCUGCUCCUGGCAUCGACCUCACCAAGAUCCUGGCGGACAUGCGGGAGCAGUACGAGAGCCUGGCGGAGAAGAACCGCAGGGACGCCGAGCAGUGGUUCUUCAGCAAGACGGAAGAGCUGAACCGGGAGGUGGCCAUCAACACGGAGCAGCUGCAGAGCGGCAAGACGGAGAUCACGGAGCUGCGGCGCACGAUCCAGAGCCUGGAGAUCGACCUGCAGUCGCAGCUCAGCACGAAAGCGGCGCUGGAGGGCACCCUGGCCGACACCGAGGCGCGCUACGGCACCCAGCUGGCCCAGCUGCAGAUGCUGAUCACGGGCGUGGAGGAGCAGCUGGCCGAGCUGCGCUGCGACAUGGAGCGCCAGAACCACGAGUACAGGGUCCUGCUGGACGUCAAGUGCCGCCUGGAGCAGGAGAUCGCCACGUACCGCCGGCUCCUGGAGGGCGAGGACGCCCACAUGUCUUCCCACUACGCCUCGCAGCCUGUCAAAGAAGGACCAGUAACCACCCGCCAGAUCCGCACCAUCUUCGAGGAGGUCCAGGAUGGGAAGGUGAUCUCCUCCCGCGAGCAGAUCACCCAGGCUGCCCACUGAGGCACUGCCUGUUUUGCUGCAAACCUCACCCAGCACAGCGAAGCAGAUCCCAGCUGAUGUGUUCUUGCCAUAUGGAUGAUCAAAAGCACCUUCUCCCACUAUCACCCCCUCCUCGCCCUCUCUCACCCUUCUCUCAGCUCUGUGCCACACACAGAACUCAAAUAAAGCUUCUCUUUGCAGUCCUGCAAA